UUCUCGCUGCUCGAGGCCAGCGUUUCGUCCUUGGCAGAAGCGCUUCCCCGAUUUUAGAGGUAAGAGGACGGGAUCUAGAUGGAUCCGGGCGCCGCUCCUCUUCCCAAAAUACUUGACGACCACCGCGUGGUGGGAUCCAAGGACGAUAGUGGCGCUCUGGGUGUGGGGAGUUCGCUCAGUGGUGGAUUAAACCACUCGGCCAAGGAAGGAAAAUCGACAGGAGAGUUUUGUUCGAGAUUUUCUCGCGAAUGAAGAAGUGAGGAGAACAACUGGUAGCUCAUUCCCGUCGCUCUGCUCGUCUGUAAAUGUACCCAGGCAAGGAUCGUAGAUUGGCAGAUCCAGGACCGUAUCGAAAACACGGCCAGGUUUUGGGAGGCCUGAUCAAAUCUCACAAGAACGCUCUCUCGGCAUCCAGUGAGUUUGCAUAGAGCAAGCACAGUUUUUUUCAUUAUCCUCCUAUUGUUCUUACUAUUUUUAUUUUCCUGUAAAAGAAAGAAAACGAACCCAAAAAUGGUCAUGAGUUAUAUAAGUUCUCUGAAUGAAAAUUUUCCACAGCGCCGCUCCUCCACCGCCAGAUAGCCGCCAGAGCGCCACCACAUCUGCCCAGAUUUUACUACGAUUGUUUUUAACGGUCAGGAUUUGUUCUUCGUCUCUAAACCUCAAGAACCCUAAAAUCAGAUGAUUGGGCAAAUCAAUGUCGCGCUACGAGAAAUGGCUCCAAUCCAGCUGGACGGCGACGGCCGCGAGCGCGAUCUCCUCUCCGGAUGGAUGAGGCACGCCGCAUUUUCGAUUCCAUGGAUCGGCGCACCGCGGCGUCGUGGAACUGCGUCAUCGGCGGCUACGCACGGUGCGGCCAGCCGGAUCUCGCGCUUCUGUUCUUUGGGCGGCUGCAUGCCGAGGGGUUGGAUCCAAACGGCCGGAGCUUCGUCGCGGCUCUCCAGGCGUGUUCUUCGCUGGCCGCUACAGAAAAGGGGGUGAGAGAUUUACAGGGGAGGAUCAUCAAGCUCAGGAGCCUCAAGAGAGGAUUGGCUCUUCAUUCCCAGCUCCGGAGUGGUGGAUUCUUGGUGGACAGGUUCGUGGCGAGCGCCCUGGUGGAUUUCUAUGGAAAGUGUGGCACCGUGAGAGAAGCUCUAGAGAUUUUCCAGGCUGCCAAGUUGGGAACAAAGGACGUGGUUUUGUGGAGUGCCAUGAUCAGCGCUUGCUCGCAAGGAGGGGAAGACGAGCUAGCCUUGGAGCUCUUUGAGCUUAUGCUUUUGGAAGAUGGAGUGGAGGCGAAUGCUCGGACUCUGGUGGCCGUGCUCGACGCUUGCACGAAUCUGGGAUGGCUGGACAGGGGCGGAGAGAUUUACUCCAAGUUUGCAAGAACAGGGACAGGGAUUUCGUCCAGCGUUUUCGUCUCCAACAGUCUGAUGGAUAUGUAUGCAAAGUGGGGGAGAUUGCUGGAUUGCCAGCGAGUUUUCGAUGGGAUGUUAGAGCGGGAUUCGGUCUCCUGGAAUGUUUUGAUCAUGGGAUAUGCAAAAGGUGGCGAGGCCCAGCGAGCUGUCGAGCUAUUCACGGCCAUGCAAGCGUUAGACGUGGUCGUCAGCUCCAGAACUUUGGUGGCGGUUCUCCAGGCAUGCUUGGAUAUGGCCGAGAAGGAAGAGGCUCGGCUUGUGGAUGGAAGGCCCUUGAAAGUGGCGUCGUUGGAGAAGGGAUUGGCUUUUCAUUUCCGGUUUCUCGACGGGCUGGAAGAUGUUUACGCUGCAAACAACUUGAUCAGUCUCUACGCUUGGUGUGGAAGUUUGGAUGAUGCGGCUCGGGUUUUUGACAAAAUGGUGAUCAAAGACUUGGUUUCGUGGAACAUCAUGAGCUGGCCCUGCAGGAGUUUUCGAAAAUGGGACUCCAAGGACUGAAACCGGACUCGCAGACUUUUGCAUCGGUACUUAAGGCCUGUGGUGGUCUUGGAGCACUACAGGCUGGACAGGCAAUCCAUCGUCU